AUGCGGAGAUUCCGUGAGACGGCCCGCCUCUUUCCAAUGGCGGCGCUGGCCGUCGUUGUGGCCCUUCUCUCUCUCGCCUCUCUGUCACAAUCCGCGCCGCCGUGCCUCCUCCCCCGAGUGCUGAUCAACGUGACGCGCGAGUCCGACCUCUACCUUCGAAAGAACUACCCCGCCAAUCAGUACGUGACGAUGGUACUCAAGGCGAGCAUAAACCUGACGGACACCUUUGUGAUGGACGCGAAAUUCAGCUGCACCGUCUUCCGCUCCGAUAUAGACCGCGCCUUCGACCUCAUCUCACCUUCUGUCAAACCCGCCUUUGACCUCAUGUCGCCCUCCGUCAAGUAUGUGCUGCUUCUCUCCACCCCUCUCCACCGCUCUCCACAGCUCUCUACUCCGCUCUCCACUCGCUCUCCACUCUCCACCGCUCUUUACCGCUCUCUACGCCGCUCUCCACCACUCUCCACCCCGCUCUCCACCGCUCCCAGCUCUCCACUGCUCUCCACCAACUCUUCCUCUCUCUCCACUUUCUCAUGCCGCCAUGUGCUCACCAUGGUAACGAAAAUCGUCAACACCAACAAUGUGUUGGUGAUUGGAGUGAAUUUCAAGAUGCCCGUUUCGACUGUCGGGCAGCUGGACUGCAAUUAUCUCGAGACUCGCUAUAUCGACUUCAUCGGCAAAUACGCUUGCCCUGCUGUGUGGCUGUACCGAGUGUGGGGUGUACAAGUGGUGCAGGGCAACGUGUACGGGCGGGUGGAGGUGGCACGGGCGAACCACUCGCGGGUCGACUCAAUGGACGUGCUCGUGAAGGCCACCAACCAGCCCGGAGCCAUUGUGGUGAUGCUGUCAGGGGACGGGCCAAACCUCAUUCGGAGUAACGUGGUUAUAUCCAACAACAACGUCCGCACGGAGGGCACCAUCGGGCAGGGCGCCGCUGUUGGCAUAAUGCUAUAUCGGGGAGCAGUGGGAGUGGACGUCAUCGGCAAUCGCAUAUCGCACUUCUCCCUUGCAAGCCUGCAGCUGGGGUGGGGGCAGAGCAACGUGGGAGACGCAAUGCUCUCCCUGGUCACCAAAAACGAUAUCGUUCACGGGUUCGGCCAGCUGGGGGAUAGUGCGGGUAUUUACCUCGACACGCACUGGGUAAACCCCGGGAAUGUCCUCCGAUGCAACUACGUGCAGCGGGGCGGGCACUGCUUGUAUCUCGACUGGGUGUCGUCUGGAACGAUCGUGGAUGGGCUCGUGUGUGAGCAGACUGCCGAUGGGAUGAAGCUUAACACGGGCAAGAAUAACGAGGUGCGCGGAAUGGUGAUUAUAGACAGCAAGGAGCCGCUAGCAGGGUACAUCUCGUGCCAGAAUUACGGAGUGAACAACUGCGACAAGCCCAACGGGAUCAAGUGGAACAACGACCUGCUCACCUACUACCAGACGCCAGGGAUCAAGAAGCUCUUCCCAUUCCUCACCAACUUCUGCAAAAAGACCUCCAUCAAUAAAAUCAACUGCAACGAAGGCAGUUCGUCCACUCCCGGGCCUUCCGCCACAGGUAGAUGUUCCGGGCUGCCCACCGAAAACAUUGCCGAGAUCGUAACAGCCACGACUGAUAAUUCCACCCGCCUUGUUAUCAUCCAUUCCAACUGCGCUCCUUUCACCGCCGUGCCCAAGUUAAACAAGCUGACCUACCUGCCCGUGAAACUUGGCGCUGCGGGGUUCAAGAGCGUGAAGAACCGUGACUACAGCCUGAUUUCCGCUUCGCCAAUUCUGAAAAAGUUUUCUUCUUUUCGGAGCUGCCCGGUGAACGAGAUUGGCCCGCAGAACGUGUCCUACGCUACAUAUUUCAACCUUUUCAACCUCGCUAUGCCAGUCAUGAAGCCGAUCGCCGCCAAGCCUGCGUCCAUUGCAAAGCCCGGGAGCAUAUCAAGCCUUGCGGUGUAUGGAGGCGGGGAAGUGUCUGGUGAUGUGACGCUACAACCGAAUCCAUAUGCUACAACCAAGUGGAUGACCGCGGGGCCGUGCACAGUGAGCAAUCCGGUUCCCGAGAUCAACAUCGCAGCAGAGGCCGACUUCGCCAAGCGAACCAAAUACCCAGCCACGCAGCUAGUGCGCAUGUUUCUGACGAAGGACUUGAAGGUGAAGAAUCCGUUGGUGCUGGACGGCAAGUUCAACUGCACCGUGCUGCGCUCCAAAGGCACCAAGAAAUUCACGCUCUCCGCCACCGAUAAGAAUUACCCUCCCAUGCGAAUAGUCUUCGCCAGCAACAUCCUCGUUAACGGCAUCAACGUGAGAGGUUUCGCACCAUUGGCUUCCAAUCCCGACUGCCAGUAUCUCGAAACACGUUACAUUGACUUCAUCGGCAAGUGGAAAUGCCCCGCGAUCUGGCUGUAUCGCGUAUGGGCGGUCCAGGUCACGCAGGGACGAACCUUCGGCCGGAUCGAAGUAUCCCGCGCGUCGCACACGCGCAUCGACUCCAUGACCGUUAACGUCCACCCGUUAGAUUACCCCGGGGCGAUCGUCGUCAUGCUGUCCGGCGACGGGCCAAACCUCAUCCGCAGCAACGUGCUUAUAACGAACAACAACAUGAUCGCGCAGGGACCGUCCGGGAAAGGCGCGGAGAUCGGGCUGAUGCUGUAUCGAAACGCGGUGGGCGUGAACGUGUUUAACAACCGCAUCUCGGAGUUUUCGCUUGCGAGCCUGCAGAUCGGGUUCGGGCAGUCGAACGUGGGUGACGCGAUGCUGAGUAACGUGAUGCGGAACAACAUGGUGCACACGUUCUCGACGCUCGGCGACUCGGCGGGGAUUUACAUGGACACGCACUGGGUGAACCCUGGGAAUAUCCUGCGGUGUAACUAUGUGCGGAGAGGCGAGCACUGCUUGUACCUCGACUGGGUGUCGUCUGGAGUUAUCGUGGAUGGGCUCGUGUGCGAUCGGACGGCUGACGGCCUCAAGCUUAACACCGGGAAAUACAACCACAUACAAGGCAUGGUGGUGAUUGACGCGUCGGCGUUCUCAGCAGCGUACAUCUCAUGCCAGAACUACAACGUGAACAACUGUAACCAGCCCAACGGCAAGAAGUGGAACGACGAGCUGAUCAAGAACUACCAGACCCCGGGGAUCAAGAAGUUCUUUCCCUAUCUCACUAAUUUCUGCGCCAAGAAAGCACUUUACAACAUCAACUGCAACCAGGGGAGCCAGUACGGUGCUGCUGUCACCGGUGGCUGCUCAGGCCUUCCAACCGAGAAUUACGCGGAAAUCGUCACGGCGAUGACCGAUAAUUCCACCAAGUGGGUGUUUUAUCAGGACAACUGCAAGCCGUUCCCGGCAGUCCCGAAGCUGAACACGCUGCGGUAUUACUCGACUUCGCUGGCGAAAGCUGGGUUCAAAAACGUCAAGGCGAUGGAUUUUGCCCUGACCAAGGGAUCGCCGAUCAAGAAGGCGUUUCCGCAGUUUCGAAGCUGCCCGACGAAGCUGGGCGGCCCGAAACAGGUGAAUUUUCAGUCGUACAUGAAUUUAUUCAACAUUGCCAAGCCAGCGGAGAAACCGAUUACAAGCAUUCUCACGUACACGUUCAAGCCGGGCAAGUCAAACACGAAUCCUGCUUCCGUCGCCAGCGUCGCGAGUACCAGUGAUGGCAGCUUUGGAGAUACCGCGGUGAUGGCGACUGCUGUGGACGAUGAUGAGAGCAGCAAAUUGGUGGUUCUCCAGUCCACCGAGAAUGCUGAUGAGCCAAUCGUGCGAAAUGCGGCGAUGGAUAGGAGCCAUUGGACCCCCGAGCUCGCGAGGGAAAUGAACCCGAGUUACAUGAGGGCGUUGGCGAAGCGUCGACGAGCUCGAGGGAGGGUUCCCCCGCACGUUGGAAUCAGGGUGUUGCCCAAAGCUGCUUAG